AAAACACUUUCAAUCAUAUUUAGAUUGAUAAAAUUCUUUACGUGCUUAUCUAGCUGGAUUCGUUGAUUAUCGCUUCCUGAGAGAAUUUCAUCAAAUUAAAUAUGUCUAUUCUGGCCUAUAACGGAGGUUGUGUGGUUGCCAUGCGGGGCAAAGACUGUGUGGCUAUUGCAACGGAUCAUCGCUUCGGCGUGCAGGCCCAAACCAUUUCCACAGACUUCAAAAAAGUGUUUCACAUUGCUCCGCGUAUGUUUCUGGGAUUGACUGGACUACAAACGGAUAUAUUGACGGUGCGCGAUCGUCUGAUGUUCCGCAAGAAUAUCUAUGAAACGAAAGAGAAUCGUGAAAUGGCACCCAAACCAUUCUCAGCCAUGUUGUCCAGUUUUCUCUACGAGCAUCGCUUUGGACCCUACUUCAUUGAGCCGGUGGUAGCUGGCCUAGAUCCAAAAACUAUGAAGCCUUUCAUUUGCAACAUGGACCUAAUCGGUUGCCCCAAUGAGCCCGAUGAUUUUGUUGUAGCUGGCACCUGUGCUGAGCAAUUGUACGGCAUGUGCGAGACACUAUGGCGCCCGGACUUGGAACCGGACCAAUUGUUCGAGGUCAUUUCACAAUCGAUGGUGAACGCUUUCGAUCGUGAUGCAAUGAGCGGAUGGGGUGCCACCGUCUACAUUAUUGAGAAGGACAAGAUUACGGAGCGUUCGUUGAAAACCCGCAUGGAUUAGGCAUUUCUUUUUUUUUUUCAAAAUAUGAAGCAAAUAAAAUUUGUAAGGAAAGGAAACAA